AUGGAGGGGGCUCCGGACCUGGCCUCUUGCAACGCCCUGCUCCACGCGCUAUGCCACGCCGGGGACCUAGACGCUGCGGGGGACUUCUUUGAGCGGAUGGCGGCAAGGGACCCCGUGUCGUGGACGACGCUCGUGUCUGGGCUGUUGCGGGGUGGACGCCACCGGUUCGCUCUCCAGGUGUUCAGGAGAUUUUUGCUGUGUAACUUGGGGCGACGGCUCGAGGAGCCUACGUUGGUCUGCGUGCUCUCAGCCUGUGCCAACCUUGAUGGUGUUGAGGGGCUCACGGAGGGCAUGGCCGUCCAUGCAUACCUUGUCCGCCAUGAGGUUGAGCUCACUGCGUUCCUUGGCAUUGCCCUGGUUGACAUGUAUGGGAGGCUUGGCUGCUCUAGGACUAGGAGUGCUUUUGAGGUCGUUUGCCGCAACGAGUUUUUCACGUGGAAUGCGCUGUUGUCAGCAUUGGCUAAUCAUGGGAAGGAGACUGAAGCGCUGGUGAAGUUCGACAUGAUGAGGGGUGAAGGCUUGUUGCCAAAUCAGAUAACCUUUCUUGCUCUGCUGGCGGCUUGUGCUCGUGCAGGAUUGGUGGAGGUUGGGUUAUACUGGUUCGAGGCAAUGGUUGCUGAAUACAAGGUGGCACCAUUGAUGAUUAAUGCGGACGAUUAG